AUGGCCGACGUGAAAAAAGCAUGUGUGGACUCUAUGGGAGUUGUACCACUCGGCAAAACGCCGGCUGAAAUGCAUAAUGGCACAGACUUCUACAAAUUCAUGUUUACUCAUCACCCUGAUCUUCGCAAGUACUUCAAAGGAGCGGAAGACUUCACAGCCGACGACGUGGAAAAAAGUGAAAGAUUCGAAAAACAAGGAACUGCCCUACUGAUGUCUGUGCAUAUUCUUGCAAAUACUUACGAUAAUGAAAUGGUGUUUCGCGCUUUUUGCCGUGAUUUGAUGAACAGACACGCUACCAGAGGACUUGAUCCCAGCCUGUGGAAGGCUUUCUGGGGUAUCUGGACGGCAUUCCUCGAGAGCAAAGGAGCCACUUUGAGCGAAGAUCAGAAAGCAGCAUGGGAACAUUUGGGAACAACGUUCAAUGAUGAAUGCCAGCAACAGCUUGCAAAGCUCGGACUCCCUCACACAUAA